GCCCGAGCAAGUGACCAAACUGCUAAAUAUGACGAAACUAAUCGACAAUACUCCCGUGUCUGUAAUUCCGCACCCAAUUUUGAAUUCUACCAGAUGUGUAGUCUCUUCCGCUGACCUGAUUGAAGUCGAAGACAAACAGAUCCUAGACCAUCUGUCUAGCCAGGGCGUGACGGCCAUUCGCCGAAUCAAACGGAAAAUAGAUGGCACAGAAGUUAACACACCAACAAUCAUAUUGACGUUUGGAAAGACAACCUACCCGCAAUCCGUGAAGGUUGGUAUAUUAAGCGUAAGAACCCGACCGUAUUACCCGAAUCCCAUGUUGUGUUACGGAUGUUUCCAAUACGGUCAUACAAAAGCAAGAUGCCCAGGCCCAGCACGGUGCGGUAAAUGUUCGAGUGACAAUCACGCCGAGCCAUGUGAAAAUGCAGAAUAUUGCAAUAAUUGCAAAGGAGACCAUCGACCAAGCGACAGGCAAUGUCCUAUGUAUAAGGAGGAGACGGAGGUGAUAAAAGUGAAGAUCGACCAUAAUCUACCUUUCCUGGAAGCGAGAAAACCAGUUUCUGCGGGCAGCAAGAGCUACGCAUCAACGGCAGCCCAACCAGCUCAGCCGUCCUGCGAGCAAAACAAGAUCGAUGCUAUCUUCAAGAUGAUGACUAAGAAGGACGAACAAAUGGAUAAACUUAUUCAGGCGAUCAAUGAAAAGGACAAAGAGCUACAGAAGAUGAAAGACUAUAUCGCCAAACUGGAACACCACAUUCGAUCUAAGCAAUCAAAUCUCAGCCAACAACAAGCAACAAAUACUACUAUCGCACAGGCCAGUCAACCAACAGGAAGCUCAAAACCAAACAUCACGAUGACAUCAGCCGCGAAAAAAGCACAUAGUGCCGCGGUAGGAAACCAUACCAGACGAUCUUCUCCGGCGAACUCCACAAUGAACACUGACACACUACAAAAUAAUCCAAAACGAUCACGAAAUCUUAAAACCACAACUGAAAAUAAUGCUAUCUGCCCGGCCAUCUAUACAGUAAUGCAAGCUGGCGAAAGUCCGCCACCAAAAAGGCAAAUCAUUAAGAUUGAUCCUAUCAAUAGCCAACUAAAUUCUGAUGAGAAUGUAACCAUUGAGGACUCGGACGACGAUCGAGAAUCGUACAACAUUUCAGUGGACCAAACUAUGCACCUCGAGGAAGACAGUAUGUAACGAAACUCCUUCCUCAGCAACACAAAACUGAUUCAACUUACAA